UCCCGCUGUGCCGGGUGCCGGUGCGGCGCGGCGGUGGGCAGCGGGCGCUAUGCGCUGGGUGCGGGCGGCCGGCGAGCGGCUGCGGCAGCGGGCGCGGGGCGCCGAGGUGCUGCGGGAGACCUGCCGGCAGUACCCGCUCUUCUGCUGCCUUCUCCUGGGGCUGGGCGCCGCCACCCUCCUCCUCAACCGGUAUCUUCAUGUUUUAAUGAUCUUCUGGUCGUUCGUGGCUGGUGUCGUCACCUUCUACUGCUCGUUGGGACCGGAUUCCCUCCUGCCCAAUAUUCUUUUUACGAUAAAAUAUAAACCCAAGCAGUUAGAAUUGCCGGAGCUAUUUCCCCAUGGUCACAGUUGUGCUGUAUGCGGCAAGGUCAAAUGCAAGAGGCACAGACCUACUUUGCUUCUGGAAAACUAUCAGCCAUGGCUGGAUCUGAAAGUGUCUUCCAAGGUGGAUGCAUCACUCUCAGAGGUGCUUGAGCUGGUGCUGGAAAACUUUAUUUAUCCAUGGUACAGAAAUAUUACCGAUGAUGAAUCCUCAGUGGAUGAACUGAGAGGCACGUUGCGGUUUUUUGCAUCUGUAUUAGUUCGGAGAAUUCACAAGGUGGAUAUUCCAACUGUUGUAACAAAGAAAAUGCUCAAGGCAGCAAUGAAACACAUAGAAGUGAUAGCCAAGGCCAGGCAGAAAGUAAAAAAUGCAGAAUUUCUGCAGCAAGCUGCUUUAGAAGAAUAUGGACCAGAACUCCAUGUUGCUUUGAGAAGCCGAAGAGAUGAACUUCACUACUUAAGAAAACUUACUGAACUUCUUUUUCCUUAUAUUUUGCCCCCAAAGUCAACAGAAUGCAGAUCCCUGGCUCUUCUCAUAAGAGAGAUUCUGCCUGGUUCCGUUUUCCUUCCUUCAAUGGAUUUCUUAGCUGAUCCUGACACAGUCAACCAUUUGCUGCUGAUCUUCAUUGAUGAUAGUCCACCUGAGAAAGCAACUGAACCCAGUUCUUCAUUGGUUCCAUUCCUUCAGAAAUUUGCAGAGCCAAGAAAUAAAAAACCAUCUGUACUGAAACUGGAGCUAAAGGAGAUCAGAGAUCAGCAAGACCUUUUAUUUCGGUUUAUGAACUUUCUGAAACAGGAAGGGGCAGUCCAUGUGCUGCAGUUCUGCCUGACUGUAGAGGAAUUCAAUGACCGAAUUUUGCGACCAGAACUAUCAGAUACUGAAAAGAUGUCUCUUCAUGAGGAAGUACAGAAAAUUUACAAAACUUACUGUUUGGAUGAAAGCAUUGACAAAAUUAGAUUUGACCCUUUUAUUGUGGAAGAGAUUCAAAGAAUUGCUGAGGGCCCAUAUAUGGAUGUUGUGAAACUUCAAACUAUGAGGUGUCUUUUUGAAGCUUAUGAGCAUGUACUUUCUCUACUUGAGAAUGUUUUCACUCCUAUGUUCUGUCACAGUGAUGAGUACUUCAGACAUCUUUUAAGAGGAGCAGAGUCACCAACACGCAAUUCAAAGUUUAACAGAAGUAGCCUGAGUUUGGAUGACUUCCGGACUACACAGAAGAGAGGAGAAUCAUUUGGAAUCAGCAAAAUAGGCAACAAAAUAAAAGGUGUAUUCAAGAGUUCUGCGAUGGAAGGAGCUAUGUUGCCUAACUAUAACUUAAAUGAAGGAGAAGAUGACUUUAUUGAAGAAGGUGUUAUGGUGAUGGAAGAUGAUUCUCCUGAGGAGGCUGUUACUACCCCAAAUACACCCCGCAACCUUGCUGCCUGGAAAAUUAGCAUCCCAUAUGUAGAUUUUUUUGAUGAUCCCUCCUUGGAAAGAAAAGACAGAAAGGAGAGAAUUCCUGUGUUCUGCAUUGAUGUAGAGAGAAAUGAUAGAAGGGCAGUUGGGCAUGAACCUGAGCACUGGUCUGUCUACAGGAAGUAUCUUGAAUUUUAUGUACUUGAGUCGAAGCUAACUGAAUUUCAUGGUACGUUUCCUGAUGCUCAGCUUCCCGCAAAGAGAAUCAUUGGCCCCAAGAACUAUGAGUUCUUAAAAUCCAAGAGAGAGGAGUUUCAGGAAUAUCUGCAGAAACUUCUGCAACAUCCAGAACUAAGUAACAGCCAGCUUUUAGCUGACUUUCUGUCCCCUAACGGAGGAGAGACUCAGUUUCUUGAUAAAAUGUUGCCUGAUGUGAAUCUUGGUAAAAUUAUAAAAUCUGUUCCAGGAAAGCUGAUGAAAGAGAAAGGUCAGCAUUUGGAGCCAUUCAUCAUGAAUUUUAUCAACUCCUGUGAAUCUCCCAAACCUAAACCAAGCAGGCCUGAACUUACCAUUUUGAGUCCCACUUCUGAAAACAACAAGAAGAUGAAACUAUGCUGGAAAAUGCUGUCUAGGAAUGCAGGCACCAAGGAUGUUCAGUCCAAAGGCAAGACCAAAGGUAGACUGAGGUAUAGUCACCUGUGCGUUGCAGAUGAACAGGAAAAACAGUGGAAAAGUUCAUGCCUCUGGCUGUGGAUAUUGUUCAUAAUCAUGCUCUUCAAUGAUUUAUUCAAGAAUAAUGCAAACCGGGCUGAGAAUACAGAAAGACGACAAAAUCAGAACUACUUCAUGGAAAUGAUGACUGUAGAAGGGGUCUAUGACUAUUUAAUGUAUAUUGGUAGGGUAGUUUUCCGCAUUCCUGACUGGCUGCAUCAUCUCUUGAUGGGGGGAAGAAUUCUCUUCAAAAAUACAUUGGAACUGUACACAGACUAUUACUUGCAUUGUAAGUUAGAACAGCUAUUUGAGGAGCACCGUUUGGUUUCUCUGAUAACACUGCUGAGAGAUGCUGUGUUCUGUGAGAAUACUGAACCUCGUUCUCUGCAGGAUAAACAGAAGCGAGCAAAGCAGACUUUCGAAGAAAUGAUGAGAUACAUUCCAGAUUUAAUAGGCAAGUGCAUUGGGGAAGAGGCUAAAUACGAAGGCAUCAGGCUUCUGUUUGAUGGAAUGCAGCAACCAGUGCUCAACAAACAGUUAACUUAUGUCCUGCUGGACAUUGGGAUUCAAGAACUCUUUCCAGAGCUGAGUAAGGGUCCAAAGGAAGGCAGCUCUGUGUCGUGUUGGAUGUGAAUGGAGGGACCUUGCUGGACACCCAGUAGAAACAUCUGCUGUGCACUAUUGUAAUUGGAUGUGUGAUGUUUUAACUGUGCAUUGUAUAUUUUCUUGUAAAUAACCUAAAAUAUAAGUUCUAGAAAGAUCUCUAUGCAAUAAAGACAUUAAAAUUUAAUACCAAUUACAAGUAAAUACUGUAUCUGUACUUUUAAUUUAAAACUUGGUUUAGCUGUUACUAGUAAAAGUCAAAUUCAUUUCCUCAAAAUCUCUUCAUGUGAAAUUACAGGAUGACAUAAAAUAAGACAGCUGGGAGAUCAGCCAACGUAUACUUUGCUAAAAGAGCAAUUGCUGUUGUUUUCCUUCAAGGAUAUGUAGAAAAAAUUGUUUGGAGUAAGUUGUAGGAUGCUCUCAAAAACUUAUUUUUAACCGUCUCAACAAAUCUUAUUUUUUCUUUUAAAACAAAUUACAUGAUUGAAUCUACUGCAUAGAAAUAAUCUCAGAACUAUCUUUGGCCUUCAUGCUUUCUGUGAGCAUGGAAAAUCAUGUGUGUAAUUUAGUUUAAUACCUGAACUUCAGAUCUAAAGCACUCUUAAAGUAAUAAUGGGUGUGAAAAGU